AUGGCUACCAAACUCCCGCUGCAGAGCAGCAACAACGUCAAUGUGGGGAAGAAGCCGGCGGCAUCGCGAGCCGGCGGGAAGACGAUCGAAGAGAUGUACCAGAAGAAAUCGCAGCUCGAGCACAUCCUUCUCCGUCCAGAUACUUACAUCGGAUCUAUUGAAAAGCAUACCCAGACUCUCUGGGUAUACGAAAACGAAGAGAUGGUGAAUCGUCCUGUCACUUACGUCCCUGGCCUUUACAAGAUCUUCGACGAGAUCCUCGUGAACGCCGCCGACAACAAACAGAGGGAUCCGUCGAUGGAUUCUGUCCAAGUUGUGAUUGAUGUUGAACAGAAUCUGAUCAGCGUCUGUAACAGCGGAGAUGGAGUUCCCGUCGAGAUUCAUCAGGAGGAAGGCGUUUAUGUGCCUGAGAUGAUUUUUGGUCAUCUUCUGACUAGCAGCAACUACGAUGACAAUGUGAAGAAGACCACCGGUGGAAGAAACGGGUAUGGUGCGAAGCUUACUAACAUCUUCUCCACUGAAUUCACCAUAGAAACUGCCGAUGGGAAGAGGCAGAAGAGAUACAAGCAGGUGUUUACAAACAAUAUGGGGAAGAAGUCUGAGCCGGUGAUAAGCAAGUGCAAUAAGAGUGAUAACUGGACGAAGGUCACUUUCAAACCAGAUUUGGGGAAAUUCAGCAUGACUCAUUUAGAAGACGAUGUGGUUGCUCUAAUGAGUAAAAGAGUGUUUGAUAUUGCUGGAUGUUUGGGAAAGACAGUGAAGGUGGAGCUGAAUGGUAAACGAGUUCCAAUCAAAUCGUUCAGUGAUUAUGUUGAUCUUUACCUUACCGCAGCCAAUAAAUCAAGGACUGACCCUCUCCCAAGGAUAACUGAGAAAGUUAGUGACAGAUGGGAGGUGUGUGUGAGCCUAAGUGAGGGACAAUUUCAGCAGGUUAGCUUUGUCAACUCCAUUGCCACAAUCAAGGGUGGCACACAUGUUGAUUAUGUGACCAGUCAGAUCACAAACUACAUAGUCAAUAUCGUGAACAAGAAGAACAAACACGCCAAUGUUAAGGCUCAUAACGUGAAGAACCACCUGUGGGUAUUUGUCAAUGCUCUGAUUGACAAUCCUGCUUUUGAUUCUCAAACAAAAGAAACAUUGACUCUUCGACAGAGCAGUUUCGGGUCUAAAUGCGAACUUUCAGAAGAUAUUCUGAAGAAAGUGGCUAAAUCCGGAGUAGUAGAAAAUUUGCUUUCAUGGGCAACUUUCAAGCAGAGCAAAGACCUUAAGAAGAGUGAUGGAGCUAAAAUUGGGAGGGUUCAAGUUGAGAAGUUGGAGGAUGCAAACGAAGCUGGAGGGAGGAACUCCCAAAAGUGUACACUGAUAUUAACUGAAGGAGAUUCAGCUAAAGCUCUAGCUAUGGCGGGGCUGGGUGAAGUGGGUCGGGACUAUUACGGUGUGUUUCCACUUCGAGGAAAGUUAUUGAAUGUCAGGGAAGCCAGUACCACUCAGAUCACUAACAAUAAGGAAAUUGAGAACAUUAAGAAGAUCCUUGGACUAAAGCAAAAUAUGGUGUACGAAAACGUUAACUCACUGAGAUAUGGCCAUAUGAUGAUCAUGACCGAUCAAGAUCACGAUGGUUCCCAUAUAAAGGGGCUGUUAAUCAAUUUCAUCCACUCUUUCUGGCCGACGUUACUUAAAGUUCCAUCGUUCCUUGUUGAGUUUAUAACACCGAUUGUGAAGGCUAGCAACAACAGGACUAAAACGGUUCUGUCAUUUUACUCAAUGCCCGAGUACGAAGAAUGGAAAGAAAGUCUUAGGGGUAAUGCAACCGGAUGGACUAUCAAAUACUACAAGGGGUUGGGUACAAGCACGUCUAAAGAGGGCAAAGAGUAUUUUAAGAGACUUGAUCUUCACAAAAAGGACUUUGUCUGGGAGGAUGAACAAGAUGGUGAAGCUAUUGAGCUUGCAUUCAGUAAAAAGAAAAUCGAAGCCCGAAAGAAUUGGCUUUCGAAUUUUGAGGCUGGCACUCAUCUUGACCAGAAGGAACAGAAAAUUACGUACAGUGAUUUUGUGAACAAAGAACUUAUCUUGUUCUCAAUGGCGGAUCUCCAAAGGUCAAUUCCCUCCAUGGUUGAUGGGCUAAAACCUGGUCAGCGAAAGGUUCUUUUUUGUUCGUUUAAGAGGAAUUUCAUCAAGGAAGCCAAGGUCGCCCAAUUCGCUGGUUAUGUAUCGGAGCACUCAGCUUAUCAUCACGGCGAGCAGUCUCUUGCCAGCACCAUCAUCGGUAUGGCGCAGGAUUAUGUUGGCAGCAACAACAUCAACCUGCUGCAACCAAUUGGUCAAUAUGGUACACGAACUGCGGGUGGAAAAGAUGCAGCCAGUGCAAGAUACAUUUUUACUAAGCUUUCUCCAGCAACAAGGGUCUUGUUUCCCAAGGAUGACGAUGUCCUCCUUAACUACUUGAAUGAAGACGGUCAAAAGAUAGAGCCAACAUGGUACAUGCCCAUCAUUCCAACAGUAUUAGUCAAUGGCUGUGAAGGUAUAGGAACUGGGUGGAGUACUUUCAUACCAAACUAUAACCCAAGAGAGAUUGUUGCCAACGUAAGGCGUCUACUUAAUGGUGAAAGUAUGGUGCCUAUGCAUCCCUGGUAUAGGGGUUUUAAAGGAACCAUUGAGAAAACUGCGUCCAAAGAAGGCGGGUCAACCUACACAAUCACUGGUGUGUGUGAGGAGAUAGAUGAAACGACUGUUCGUAUUACGGAGUUACCAAUCAGAAGGUGGACCGAUGACUAUAAGGAAUUCUUGAACGCACUGAAGACAAAUAAUGUCCCUUUUUUUCUGGAAAUCAGAGAGUAUCAUGACGAAUCGUCAGUGCACUUUGAGCUUACAAUGAGUGAAGAGAACAUGGCGAUAGCUCGGCAGGAGGGCUUUCUGAAAAUGUUCAAACUCACCACGACAGUCGGUACAACCAAUAUGCAUCUCUUUGAUGAAAAGAGCGUGAUAAAGAAAUAUGCGACUCCAGAGCAAAUUCUUGAAGAGUUUUUCGACCUCAGGCUCCAAUACUAUGAGAAGAGAAAGAAAAUUAUGCUGGAGAAUAUGGAACUGGAGCUACUGAAGAUAGAAAACAAAGUGAAGUUCAUUCUUGGAGUUGUCAGUGGAGAAAUAAUAGUGAACAAUAGGAAGAAGGCUGAUCUCGUCCAGGAAUUGAGACAGAGAGGGUUUACACCAUUCCCAAAAAAGGCCAAGCCCGUUGAAGCGGCAGUUGCUGGAGCAGUCGAUGCAGAUACAACUGAAGAAAACUCAGAUGCUGCUCCUGCUUCAAGUUCAAGCUCCACGUUUAUAACUGGCUCAGAGUAUGACUACCUAUUGGCACUGGCCAUAGCAACGUUGACUCUAGAGAAAGUACAGGAGUUAUGUGGAGAUAGAGAUAAAAUGAAGGAAGAAGUUGAGGACCUGAAGAAAGCCACACCAAGAUCCCUCUGGCUCAGAGACCUAGCGUCUCUUGAUGUAGAACUAGAUAAACUUGAUCUGAGCGAUGCCCAAGCUGAAGAAGAGAGAAAGGCAACACAAAUCAGGCUCAGGGCCGGUAAUGGAGCACCAGCAAAGGGUAGAAAACAGCAGGUGACAAAGAAACCAGCACCGAAGAAGACCACAAAGAAAGCCAUUGAAUCAGAAACCACAGAGACUUCCAGUUCAGCAAUGGACACAGAGAACACCGUUGUGGAAGUGGCGAAGCCAAAAGGUAGACAAGGAGCCAAAAAGAAGGCGCCUGCUGCUCCAGCUGCAAAGGUCGAUGAAGAUGAGGAUGAGAUGAUGGAUCUAGCUCAAAGGCUUGCUAAGUACAGUUUCGGCGCCACCUCUGAGAAUUCAAGCAAAACAUCGACAGCAAUAGCUUUGGAUGACGAUGAUGACGACGUGGUGGUUGAGGUUACUGCAAAACCAGCAAAAGGAGGAAGAAAACCAGCGGCGAGUAAAGCAGCGAAGCCACCGGCAGCUCCGAGAAAACGCGGACCAGCGGCGAGCAAGAAGCAGCCAGCGGCGGAGGUUGUUAAUGUGUCGCCGGAUAAGAAAGUGAGGAAGAUGAGAUCGUCACCGUUUAACAAGAAGAGUGGUUCAGUGAUGGGGAGGUUAGCUGUUAGUAACAACAAUAAGGAAGAGGAGGAGAGUAGUGAGACUGUGGCGGCGUCGUCGGGAAACUCAGCGAGGCCUCAAAGAGCAAAUAGGAAGCAAAUGAGGUAUGUGCUGAGUGAUUCGGAGAGUGAGUCUGGUAAUGAUUCUGAGUUUGACGAGAUCGAAGACGACGAAGAUGAAGAGUAGAUAGAACCAACUCGGUUCCUUUGGUUACUUCUUCCUUUGUAUUUUCAUGCUAUCUCUCAAACUUUGAAUUCUCGUGUCUCUCUUUAUGUUCCCUUUUAAGACUUAGGUGUUUUAACGAGCCCAGGAGGCUUUUGUUUGGUGGUUCUUUAUAACAUUUUGGUACAUUUGGAAAAUAAUCUUUAGCCUACACAACC